AUGGGUGGGCUGCUGCUGACUGCUCUUCUGACUCUUGCCUGCGUGCCCUGGGCCCAGGUGGCCUGGCUGGAAAGGUUGGACCCUAAGCAGUUUCUUGGGCCCUGGUACAUCCUUGCUGUGGCCUCGUAUGAAAGCGGUUACGCACUGCAGAGAGAAGAGAGGGCCAUCCAGGGGGUCAGGGUGACCUUCACUCCGGAGAACAACCUACAGAUGCUGUGGUCUCGGCACGGACAGCAGGGCUGCAACCAGAGCAUCGUGGAGCUGCUGAAAAGAGAUGCGGGAUGGGUGUAUGAGAACCCCUCCAUAGGCGUGCUGGAGUACCGGGUGCUAAGCACCAACUUCAAAGACUACGCCAUCAUUUUCACCCAGCUGGACUUCGGGGAUGAGUCCCUCAACGCCGUGGAGCUGUACAGUCGGACGGAGACAGCCAGUCAGGAGGCCAUGAAGGUCUUCACCAACUGGAGCAGGGGCCUGGGCUUUGUGCCUCAGGAGCAAUCCCAGCUUCAGAAGGACUCAGAAGGAACUGCCCCAUACGCCCAUGGGGGGAGGACCCUGCACCUAACCCUGGGGCUGGUGGCUCAGCUGCCGGGAGGGGGCCUGAGGGUGGGUGCCUCUCUGGCGAGCCGCGUCCCCACACACUUCCUUGGUUUUCAGUGA